GGCGCGGGGCCGGGACCCUCCUCCCGGGGCCCGCAGGCACGCUGCCCGGGCCGGGCGCGAGCACCGGAGGGGGGGGGUCACGGGCCGCAGGCGGGCGCGCGCCACGAGUCGCCUCUCUCCGCAGGUGUCCGGCCCAGGCCGCAGCUCCUCACGCGGACGACCCCCGGGCCGGCCCGGCCGAGCGGCAGGACGCUGGGAAGCGCCGCGGCCCCCGCCGUCAGCGAGCCCGAGGGCGACAGCGGCCUCAACGAUAGGAUCCUCAGCGAGCCCCUCAAGCACUCCGACUUCUUCAACGUCAAGGAGUUGUUUUCCGUGAGAAGUCUCUUUGACGCCCGGGUGCACCUGGGACACAAAGCGGGCUGUCGGCACAGGUUUAUGGAGCCGUACAUCUUCGGGAGCCGCCUGGACCAGGACAUCAUUGACCUGGAACAGACUGCUGCGCACCUGCAGUUGGCCUUGAAUUUCACCGCCCACGUGGCCUAUCGUCAGGGCAUCAUCCUGUUCGUGGGCCGCAACCGGCAGUUCUCGCAUCUGAUCGAGAACACGGCCCGGGACUGUGGCGAGUACGCCCACACACGCUACUUCAAGGGUGGCCUGCUGACCAACGCCCCCCUGCUCUUGGGCCCCAUGGUCCGCCUGCCAGACCUCAUCAUCUUCCUGCACACACUCAACAAUGUCUUUGAGCCCCACGUGGCCGUGAGAGACGCAGCCAAGAUGAACAUCCCCACGGUGGGCGUCGUGGACACCAACUGCAACCCCACCCUCAUCACCUACCCCGUCCCCGGCAACGACGACUCACCCCCCUCCAUCCAGCUCUUCUGCAGGCUCUUCCGGACGACCAUCAACCGCGCCAAGGAGAAGCGGAGGCAGGUCGAGGCCCUGUACCGACUGCAGGGCCGGGCGGGGGCUGAGGGCCAGAGUCCAGCCAGCGCUCCUUCCCCGGGAGCAUAGGCCAGGCUGGACUUGGGUCAUUCCCCGUGACACGCCUGCUCUCCUCCUAAAUAAAAACAGCAGCCAAGCCUGUUCCUAAACCGGGCAGCCCUUCCCUCCCCCAGCCGUGGUCCUUAGCGCGUUUCCAGUCCCUCCAGGCACUGGGUCCCUGCCAUUAGUAACAGUUCUCAGCAGCUGCCCUCCCAGGGCUCCACUUGGCCCCCUGGGGCUCAGCAGGCACACAGAGGCAAGUGGCCUGUCCAGAAAGGACCCAAAACGCUUGUCCAUGGAAUCUGAAGUCCAUCCUUCUACCUUGAAAUUGGUCUUUGUACGUGAGGCAGGUUCAUACACCAGCUCAGUUCUUCUCAAACAAAAUGGCCCCAGGCUGGGCUGCCUCCCCUGCGACCUGGCUUCAGGGCCUGUUUUGUAAAGUGAGGUUGCUGGGUGAGCCACUUGGAAGCUCCCAACUGGCUUCAGACAGGCCAGGCAAAGCAAACAGCAUGACUCCAGCAGAAAUAAAACUUAGAUUUGGGCAGAACGCGGCUCAGGCCUUUAGGUUC